GGCAGAGGAGGAGAACGUGAGUUAACUAAGAACUUUCGUCAAAUUGUGAAUUUGAGAGCAAGCUAAGUGAAAAACUAGCUGUGGACUAGAAGCAGUAGGAGUGAAGGAUUCCUUACUGGACUUGAGAUGAUGUUUCAGGUAAAGUUGAAGAAGUUUAGGGCGAGGAUGCGAUGUGAAAACCUCUAUGGGAUUUUAGAACAUGUAUUUUAAAUUGUGAAAUGUGUGGUUUGUAAUUUUAAAGAGUUUUAGUAUUUGGUUUGUACUUCAAUAAAUACUCUUGAAAACUUUGACGAUAUUAUUGUGUAAUAAUAUUAAGUGUUGUGACUUUAAAUGUGAAUCAAUGCUUUGUUUAAAAAAAAUAUAUAUUUACUGUAAUACUCUAAAAAGGGGUGUUACAGGUUGUCCGGGUUGUCAGUCCCACCCACACCUUUAUCUUCGUCUGUGUUCCAACCGCCGCACCUCGUGCUGAGUGAAGUGUCAUGGAGAAACUUGGUGAACAAAGUAAAGGACGUGAUAGAAGGAAGAAGGAUCAAAGUAUCUCAUUGUCUGCUUCGGUGCACAACAAAGUCCUUCUGCAUGCAGAGGUUGGUGCAUUGAGUCCUUUUGGAAGGAUUUACUAUUUGAAUAUAACCGUCCGGAACGUUGUCAAGGUCUUCAAAGCUGACAUUGGUCCUCCAACUGAGGAACUACUUAACGCUUCAUCAAGACCUGUGAAUCGACCCUACCCAUGUGCCCAAAACAACAACAAAAACAAAGAUGUUGGUCCAUAUGAAAAGGCUUGUCCUUCUGCCUCUAAUAAUAAAACAACAACUCCCAUGGAAGAUUGAUGAGCGUUUAGAAAUUGACGUUAUGUUUGUAUUUCAAUCAUUAGUUAACAUAAAUAUUAGUUAUGUUUUGUAACCUAUUGU